CUACUCCUGCUAUUUUUAAAGGACCAGCGUUGCCCCCCAUAACAUCCAAUUAUAAACGGAAGUAUGAGGAUGAGGAAGAUUUAGACUCUGAGAUGGACGACUUCAUCGACGAUGAAGGAGAAGACCAAGAUGAAAUUUCAAAACAUAUCAGGGAAAUCUUUGGCUAUGACAAGUCCAAAUAUAAAGAUGAAAGUGACUAUGCAUUGAAGUUUAUGGAGAGCAGCUGGAAGGAACAGCAGAAAGAGGAAGCGAGGAGUUUACGCCUGGGCAUCAAGGAGGAUGAAGAGGACAUGCGUAUGGAGGAGGAGGAGGAGAUGAAAAAAAAACUAGCAAUGAAAGCAAAGCGGAAAAAAAUGUAGUUUACCAUGCUUGACUUUGAUCUCGUCUUAUUUUGGGUGGGAGGAACCGAGUGGAAUGGAAAUGCUUUCCUUGUGCCGCUGAUGUUACACUAUUUAUUUGAAUGCCCAAGCCAUGGGAGCAGGUUUGCACUAUCAAGAGCCCAUCUGAGAAUCACAAUAGCAUUUUUUUGUAUCUGUAGAAACCAUGAAAGUAUAUCGAUGUGGAAGCCUUACAUCUCAAGCACCAACUUCCAGAUUGGACCUGAUUUAGGGAGAGUUAUUUUAUUACUUGUACUAUUUAAUUGGUGAAAAAAGACAGAAGACUGCCAUUUUUCCAAUGUAUUUUUUUGUUAAAGGGAUUUGACAGAUUCUGUUG